ACUUAGUUUAUCAUCACGGAAGAUCCAUAAAAUACUCGGGAAAACCAACAUGGCUGAACACAAUUUCUCAGCGGCGUUGACGACAUGGAAAGAGAUCAAUCUUUCAGAGCUGCAGAAGUCUCUUGAUGCCACAGCUCUCGAGCUAGUGGAGAAUCAGAAAGAGAAUAUGGUGGGUAGGAAGAAGCUGGCAGAGCAGACGAGGGAGUUCAGAAAGAUGCCAGACGACAACGAAAAGCUCAACGCUAUCAAGACCCUCCUCAAAGCCUAUCAAACGGAGAUUGACUCACUGACACGUCGGUCAAAGAUGUCAGAAACGUCAUUCCUCAACGUUUACAAACUCCUUUCCGAUGCGCCCGAUCCGUAUCCCCUCUUAGAUGCAGCGGUGGAUCAGACUGUCAAAGUGGCCGAGGCUAGAAUGUUAGAGUCGGAACUGAAUCGACUGCGAGAGGAGAAUGGCGAGUUGAAAAAACAGACUGCGGAUCUGGUGCAAGUCGAGGAUAAGAGGAAGAAGGCGGAGAGUAAAGCAGAGCAGUUAGAAGCAAAGAUGGACGAGUUGAUACAAGAACGAGUCACGCAAAAGGAGAACGAGCUGAAUGCCGAAUACGACGAACGUAUGCGGAAUUACGAAGAGAGAGAAAAAGACCUGCAGAGACAAGUCCAAACUGCUAAAAAUCAACUUCGAGAUUUGCAUACUAGCAACGAAAACACACAGGCCAAAUUACUCGAUGCGAGUGAGAGACAAGAACAAGAUGUCGCUGCCAGGUUGGCGGAGUUAGACCUCGUCGCGGCCGAUCUGUCAAGGGCGAACGAGCGUGUGGCUACCGUAGAGAGAAGGAAUGAGUUGUUACGAUCAGAGAUCGAAUCUGUCAGAAGCGGAUCCGCUCAGGCUGAUAGGGUUAAAGCUCUGGAAUCUCAGAUUUCAGAAUUGGAAGCGGAAGCUUCACGACUGUUGAAGGCUUUGGAAUUGGUCAAAGAGGCUAAAGCCGAGAGUGAGCGAAGUCAGCAGAGAAGGUUGGACGAGACGGCUAAGGAGCUCGCAUCGCAGGCGGCGGAAGUCGAGCAACUGAAGAGCAAAGUGAAGCAGUAUAGUGAUUACGAUGAAGUCAAGAGAGAGUUGGAAAUCAUGAAGUAUGUGGAAUUCUCCGGUGGUGAUAUGGACGAUCCCGACUCUGAAUCUGUCUCUCUUCCAAACCCUAACGCAUCGUUAGCCAACAAACAAUCGAACCGAUCUCUGGAGAAUCUACUAGUGGCGAAGAAUCGUCGGUUGUUAGAAGACGUGACUCGUCUGAGAGUUUCUUUCGAAGACCUAUCUGGACAACAUUCAAGGAGCGAGGAGAUGUUGGACAAUCUGCAGAACGAAUUGAACCGACAGAAAAUGUUGAAUGAGAAGUUGGAGAAUGACUUGUCGUCGAUUAAUAAGGAGAAUGGGACGGGAACGGUACCCGGAAUGGGAACUCCUGCUCCUGGUUUGGCAGGAUUGGAUAUUGGGGGUAAAGUCGUGAGUCGUCCUAAUUCUCCUUCAAUAACAAACGGUGAUACUUCAAUCCUACCCAUCGUAACAUCUCAAAGAGAUCGAUUCCGUCAACGAAACGCCGAAUUAGAAGAAGAACUUCGAAAACAAUUCGAAACCAUUUCCGAUCUUCGAGCAGAAGUGAAAUCUCUUCAAGGGGAUAAUCUAAAAUUAUACGAAAAAGUAAGGUAUAUGCAAAGUUAUAGAGAUACAGUUCCUACAGCCGGACCGAGCGUAGGUUUAGGGAGUGUGAUGGGAAGAAGAGAAGAUGAAAUGGGAAGGUAUAAAGAUAAAUAUGAAGAAAGUAUGAAUCCCUUUGAGGCGUUCAAGGGACGGGAAGCACAAAGAGCUAUUCAAGCUCUUAAUCCACUAGAAAGAGCGGUUUUCGCUUUGACCAGAGCUAUAAUCGGUAAUAAAAGAGCUAGGAGUAUGUUUAUUUUAUAUGCUGCUUCAAUACAUCUCCUCAUUCUAUUCGUUUUAUGGAACACAAUGUCAGCUUCUGAUUCUUCCGGUCCUCCUAUACCUAUUCAACCCAUUCAAUGA